GCUUGUUGUUCAUAUCCGCCAUUUUGCAGUCGCGAUAGAAAGGUGAAAAUCUCCGUAAAUGUACGCAUUAUUUGUUUCGAAUUAAGUGCAUAUUAAUGUGCAGUGCGUGAUAGUGUUGUGCUACUCAUUUAUUAUAAUGGAUCAACCAUGACGCAUCCGAAUUUUCAAACCAACGGCGCUAGCUUGGAGGAUUGCCACACAAAUUUCUUCGCCUUGACUGAACUUUCCGGUAUUAAAUGGCGUAAGCUUGUGUGGUGCGAUGGCGGAGGGGGUGGAGGUGAACCAUUGGACGAUCCGGUACUACGAAGUUAUGCACGCUGUUUAGCCGCCGAUAUUUUGUGCGUGUGGAGACGCGUGUCGGCGCCGAGACCCGAAACGCUCUUCGAUCUGGGCCCACCUACACCUACGCAACCACCACCACUUAGUCUCGCCGCCGCUAAAGAAUUAUGGAUAUUUUGGUACGGAGAGGAGCCCGAUUUGGCCGUGCUCGUCGCGCCCGAAUUGAUAACAACCGAUAGCGAACAAGGAUCAUGGGAAAGUGGACUAUCUUACGAAUGCCGUUCUCUCCUCUUUAAAGCGCUGCACAAUUUGAUCGAAAGAUGUCUAUUAUCGAGGGACUUUAUACGGCUAGGCAAGUGGUUUGUGCAGCCCUACGAAGGAUUGAAAAAAGACGUGGAAUCGAGUUCGACACACCUCUCGUUUUCGUUCGCUUUUUUCGUCCAUGGAGAGAGUACCGUGUGCGCAAGCGUCGACGUAAGGCAACACCCGCCCGUCCGGAAAUUGAGUCGAUGGCACCUGCAACAAGCUCAGGCUUCUUCUUCUGGUUUACAAGUGAUUUUGGCACCGUUUGGCCUCGCCGGUACAUUGACCGGACACACGCACAAAACGGGCGAUUCUACAUUGCGUCUACUGGAGGAUUGGUGCCAGUUUUACCCAUUAGAUAAAGUUAGCAUGUCGAGUAGCGAAAACAGCAUUGUGGAAGUAAUCGUCGGCGGUGUUAAAAUGAGGUACCCCUCUUGCUAUGUGCUCGUCACCGACAUGGACGAGCCUUCCAACGGCACCACUUUGAAUGGCAACACCAUCGUUAAGAACGAUUCUAGCACGCCAAUCACGCUACAAACACCACCGCCGUCUCCGGUUCCGAUCAACAGCCUGGUACCACAACCUGGUCCGUUUCCGGUUUCGAUUGAACAUCCUGCUUCGAUGCACAAAAAUGCUACCGCCGCCACCAUUUUACCAGAACGCGUCUGGCAGGAAUGCGUUCUUGGCGGUCCUACCAAUGCUCAACAUCAAGAUCGACACAUUCCGCCACACGACGCCUCCGGGCAAUGGGAUUUUAUUGAUCCGACGCGACGUGCUAACUGUACCUGUUCUAAGUGUAGGAAGUACAUUGGAAGCAUGGCGAAAUGUAAAUGGGGCAACGGAAAAGGUAGUGCUCCCCGACCGGGCAAAGGGGUAGCGGGUAGAGUCCCGUUCCACAGGCGUUCGCCUGUACUUUCCGAAUAUACGGCUGACAGAUGUCCUGGUUCGUAUACUCCUCAAGGUGGUCCGCCAUCGUACCCUCGAACUCAGGAAUCUAUGGCAAUACCGUCAGUAGGCAGUCCAGCGUCAGUUGCGCCAUCUCCGUUAGCCAAUCCUCACUCGCAGCCCGCCUCGGUGCCGCCGGGUGAUCAAAUAAUGCCGACUUUAUCACCGAAUCCACCCACGAUACUACCGUCGCCUGUCGAAAAAACCCAAACGCCCGAUCAACCUCCGCCGAGCGCCGGAUCUGUCGACACUAGUCCACCAAAUAUUAGCACCGAACAAAAAUUAGAGACGGGUAUCUCGUCUAGCGUCGCACAGGUCAGCGUCCCGACUCUUAAGAGGCCUGUUCUCACAUCGAAGGAGUACGAAGUUGCGUUGGGCGAAGAAGAACAUUCCUUAGAUCUGCUCUACGACUACUCUUCAUUGGACGCAUGGUUAAAUCAUCCGGUAAAACGGUUUAAACCCGAUGCAAAAGAAAACUACAGAAAUAACAGGAUAGCGAAGGGAGAUCUUUACUCGUCAUCUGCACAAAAUGGUGUCUUAGGGAUAAAUAAUGAUCUUAACCACACUGGAGGGAAAUCUCAGCCCCCUUUCAUUAAACAAGAAAUCAAACAAGAACCGAUGGAUGAGGAAAAUGUACCAGUUCUUCAUGCGGUUCUUCCUCACGGAGUGAAGAGGCCAGGUGAUCCGUACGAAUUCGAAGAGGAGGGCGGCGGGGCAGCUUGCAAUAUGGAUGGUUUCAAACCACGACCGGUCGGUGCAAAAGAGGAGGCGAAAGAUGCGAAGAAAGCUUCUGGGAACUUAUUUACUAGCGAAGGUCUUCAACCGUCUUACAAAGAUCUCGAUCAAAUCUUUGAUAACUCGGAUGACACCAGUGGUGAUGAAGCCUUGCAAGUGCAAACACCUCCCGGUUCCAAUAAAUCGUCGGGCAUACACGAGGAUACCAAACGGUUAUCCGGGCAUAGUACGUGUUCAAAUAUGGGCAUUCUUAGACCGGAAGAACUCUGUAAAAUGUUCCCGACACCUCCUAGUCUAGAACACAAUCCUAUCGCAUCGCCGUGCGGCCAGAUUGAUCUUCCUCCACCUGAUCUGACAGAUUUAGGGAUAGUAAGAGUUAAGCAGGAGGUGUACCCCAACAUGGGUAGUCCAAUGGAUGAAAGUAUAGAAGAUUGGAGCUACGUUUUUAGACCGCCUAGCGCUUGCAAGUUGGUGGGAUCGAGUAAAUAUGCCCCUCUAACGAAUCUUCCGAGUCAAAACGUCCCUGCGAUAGUGAUUCCUUCUCAUUGUGUAUAUAAACCAUCGUGGAUGCAGCACAUGGAGAAGUCGAUCACCCAAAUGAGCAGCACAAGUGUUUCUCAACCAGUUACCUCGCGACCAAAUUCAGUAUCUAGUAACGUGCAUCAAAACAUUAACCCAUAUCCUUCCAGUCCUUUACACGCCGGCUUUAGGCCUCCUCCACCCCCUUACGAACUGCCAAGUCCUGCUACCUCUACCACCAGCUCCUACAUAAACAAAAACAUAAACUCUGUCGAUCCCGAAACAGCCCCCUCGAUACAAAGGACACCUGAGGCGAGUUCGUUGGUUGUUAAUAUCCUUCUCGGUGACACCGCAUUAAAUAUAUUUAGAGACCACAAUUUCGACAGUUGUACUUUGUGUGUGUGCAAUGCGGGACCUAAGGUCGUCGGCAAUAUACGCGGUGCCGACGCCGGCGUUUAUUUAUUAAAUUCGACUAGUGACCGGACUCAGUGCUCUAUGGUGCAACAGCCGAGCAGCCCAUUUCCGAGUCUCGUCGGCAUCGGGCAGCCGCCACCGUACGGUGGCAUUUUAUCUCCACAUCAACCUCAUAUCCCCACUUUAGACGAAGAUCUAAUUCGGUGUAGUUGCGGAUUUUCGGCUGUCGUCAACAGGCGGCUGUCACAUCGUAGCGGGCUAUUUUAUGAAGAUGAAAUGGAAAUCACAGGUAUUGCAGAAGAUCCGAGUGACCGUAAAAAAGCUUCUUUAGUAUCAUUCCUUCUACAAACGAGCACGACAAAAUUGGAGCCUAGCAUAGACAGGGAGCAACUCGACAUAAUACCGCACGGUAUAUUAGAAUUAAUGAGAGAACAGUGCGUUAUGACGCAAAGCACUGCCAACUCGCUCUACCGCUCGUCGCGGUUUCAUCAUUCUUCGCAAUUAAUGCAAACGUACUCGUCGACGGUUAACGUACUCGAAUUUGCGGACGGUAACGAGGUUACAUGCCUCGCGCUCGAGCAAAGUAAGCAUUCGAUAGAGACGCUGUCGAUGUGCAAAAUGGAGGAUCUGCAAAAUCAAAGGCACGGCAAGUUGGGACAUCACAUUUGCGUUCAUCGGUGGCCGUUCUUAAGGGCGUGCGGGCCGCAAUGCAAUCAGGACAUUGUGAGGGUGAUGAAGGCGCUGCAACCUCUACUACAGGAGGCGAUUCAGAAGAAGUGUCAAACGCGACUGUGGGAAGCGCCGUCUGCCGUCAAGGGACCACUUACUUGGAGACAGUUCCAUCGGUUAGCCGGACGAGGUACCGACGACCGUUGUGAGCCUCAACCCGUACCAUCGUUAAUCUUUGGACACGAAAAAGAUUGGAUGUCUUUAUCACCUUACGCUGUACACCAUUGGGAGAGAUUACUGCUCGAGCCGUAUUCUUACGCGAGAGACGUCGCGUAUAUUGUAGUCGCUCCCGAUAAUGACAUUGUGCUGCCACGAGUUAGGUCUUUCUUCAAAGAUCUGUCGACGGCUUACGAGAUGUGUCGAUUGGGUAGGCACAGCCCUAUCACUAAAGUACUCAGGGAUGGUAUACUUAGAGUGGGGAAGGCUGCGAAAGCGAAAUUGGGCAAUGAACCGGUUGAAGAUUGGUUCAACUUGUUGGGCGAAAGCGAGACGACGGACAUGCUCAAACUAUACGCUCAAGUAUGCAAACAUCACUUAGCACCCCACCUCCAGCAAGUUCCAAUGGAUAGAACGUUACUAGAUCCACCAGAAACAUGUACUGAUCGUCCUGCACCUAGUCCUAUGCCUCCACCGAGCACUCCGGACAACAGUACAAGCAAUCAAGGUGGUAGCACACCUAGCGGCGGCGAUAAAGCGCCAUCUACACCUAAAAGCGAUCAAGAUUCGUCUUCUGACAAUAGCAGUAAGGACAUCUCCGCAUCGAUGAUGUGUAACACGGCAGAACCGGCACAUGAUGAAGAUGAACGGCAAGCCCCGUCUGUGAUAAUAUACAUGGUAGAACCGUUCUCGUUCGGAUGUGACCAAACGGAUUUGCAGAGGCUCGCGUGCCUCGCGCUGCUCAGGUGUUUUCAAUCUGUCCUUUUGUCCGUUCCCGAAACGAUACGUAGCAAUAUUAGUGUCCAAAUCAUAUCUCAGGAGAGCAUUAUGGAAUUGAGUAAGUCGCGAGAUCGGUCACGUCAGAGUGAUCACAUGCGAGCGCUCGCUUUAAGUGUGUUCUCGCAGUGUCGCCGGUUAUUAAUACACACGUGCAAUGUGAAAUCGCUGACAGGUUUCGGGCCCGCCGCCAGUGCUGAUCUCUUUCUGAAAAAUAAAGAAGAGAAGAAUCGCACCCCUUACAAACUCUACACGCCUCCCUACAUACUGGCGCCAAUCAAGGAAAAAGUGGAACCCAUCGAGUCGUUCGGCCUACCAAGUUCCGAGCAAGGAUGCGUGCUGUAUUUAAGUUAUUGUCUUUCCGAAGAUCAAAGUUGGCUCUUGGCCGUAACGACCGACGAAAGAGGGGAGAUAUUCGAAACCGUAACCAUCAACGUAGAUAUACCGAAUCGGAGUAGACGGAAAAAGGCGUCGGCUCGGAGAUUUGGACUACAAAAGUUGAUGGAUUGGGCGCUAGGUAUUAUGUCGUUGAGUGUAAAGUCGUGGCGUUUAGUUGUAGGCAGGGUGGGUCGUAUCGGUCACGGCGAACUCAAGGGCUGGAGCUGGCUGUUGAGCAGAAAGAACUUGUUGAAGGCGUCGAAACACCUAAAGGAAAUUUGUAAUCAGUGUUCCCUAAUUUAUCCGACCAGUGUACCAUGUAUACUCAGUGCGUGUCUAGUUAGUUUAGAGCCGGAUUCCGCCCUGAGGUUAAUGCCGGAUCAGUUUACGCCUGACGAACGUUUUAGCCAGGCUAGCGUGAAUUCGCAGCUUUCUACACCCCAAGAUGUGACCUGUACACAUAUUUUGGUAUUCCCCACCAGUGCGACGACGCAAUCGUCCCAAACUGCUUUCCAAGAACAGCACAUAAAUGGACCGGAAUUGGGAGACGAAGACUUAUUUAAUGCAUUACACGAUGACAUGCCCGAGGGUAUUGACGGAAUGAACGACUUUAGCGACAUUUUUAACUGGACGGAGGCGGGUACCGGAGGUGGACAAAGUCCAACUGGAAGUCCGAGACGGGAGGAAUCUCGUCCUGGCAGCCCUACCGGGUGUAUGAAUGGGGCGGGUCGUACCGGUAGCCCUUUUCCUUGCGUGCCCAACUCAAGAAACGGAGAAAUGGCAGAAGAAGUUGGCACCCUUCUGCAGCAACCUUUAGCACUUGGUUACCUUGUGUCUACCGCGCCCACUGGACGUAUGCCCAAGUGGUUUUGGGCGUCCUGUCCGCACCUGGAGGAAGUCUGUCCGGCAUUUCUCAAGAAUGCGUUGCACCUACACAGUCCUUCCAUUCAACAGAGUUCGGACGAUUUAUUGCAACAGUCGGCCGUUACUUCGCAUCCACUCGAUUCUCAAUAUACCACGGAUGUUUUAAGGUACGUACUAGAAGGUUACAACGCACUGUCCUGGCUGGCGAUGGACUCAAAUACUCAGGAUCGUCUAUCGUGCUUGCCGGUUCACAUACAAGUAUUAGUUCAGUUGUACCACAUGACGGCCGCUCUACUCUAAAACACUGAAGUAGUACUCUAAAAGAUACUCCUAGCUUUAAAUUUUAAAUCGCUACCAAGAUGUAAAAAAGAAAAAUACUCAUAGGUUGACAAAAUAAUAUAUUUUUAAUACAAUUGUGUAUAUAUUAGUUUUUAGCCAUGUAUUACUAAUUAUAAUUUCCGAACGUAAUGUUUUUGUACAAAGAAAUUGUGAUAUGUGAUAAUUAUGUUAAAUGUGAAAGGAGAUCGUAAUCGCUUGUGCUUCUCGGACGGGUGGCGUCCGAACGAGUAUCCAAUUGAACGUAGUAGGCGUUGUUUUCUAAUUAUGUUUCGCACCGAUCAGAAAUUGUAUCCAAUCUCCGCCGAAUUACUAAUUAAGACAACGUACUGCCAGUUUUACUUCAGUGUUUUAUUGUAGAAUGUCUUUGUUUCCGAUUUUAUGUGUAUAUAAGUGUACAAAUGACAGUUUUUUAAACGGGGAGAUAAUGUGUUAAAAGGGCUAUAAGCUUCGAGUCAAACUUGUAACUUGUUUAUAUUUGAGAAAUGUUUUUAACGUGUUUUAUGUAAACAUUUGCAGCAAUAUUAAUGGGUAACGAUAGUG